AUGCACGCGUCAUUGCUCGGCCAGCAUGCUAACCAACGCUCGCUCUGUGCUCACGCCACCUGUCCUUCUGAACUGCCUAGAUUUUCCACUCGCGUCUUGAGUCUUGUGUUGCCUUGCUUCUCGGCCCGAUCCCCGACGACACACACCGCUGCCAUAUAUCAUUGUGACAACUGCGCAGCCGCCGCCGGCAAGAAUACGGUGCGUAUCUACGUUGCAGCCGACUGCGCCGAGCGACAUCUGUCGUCCCGUGAGAGGAUCAUAGGGUUGAGCUCUCCCCUGGGCACUAUUGGAUACUUGGCGCACUCGAGGGGUGCUCAAGGUGCUGUUGAACUCUGCACCCAGCGCCGGCCGGUGCCGCGAGAAAGGGGUUGGCGGUGCGGCGUGUGCCACCGGGUCGGCCAUUGUUCCAGCCGCAAUUAA